AUGACUCGACCCUCGCUCGACGACCUACCGGACAAGUCAUUAACAACGCCAACCAAAUGGCCGACCAAGGGAAACCUCGAGAUCGUCUACCCCAAGGACCGCAAGGUCCUUAUGCUGCGUUAUGAAGAGGAGGAGAUGGAAGUCAUCAAGUGGACGGUCCGGGCGUAUCUGCAGAGUCAAGACGAUCCGCAAGAAAGCUGGGACGCCGAGAAGGAAUGGAACCAGAUGGAAUAUUAUGUCCUGCAGUGGCAGAGACGACGUUUCCUGAGGAUCUACAAGGGUUUUAUCAAGGGCAAUCUUGACUUGACUGGACGGCAUGAGCAGCGAUGGAAAGAUUACAUGGAAGGCUUCGAGGAGUACAUUCGACAUUUCGAGAGGCUCGCAUGUGUCAUCGAGGAGGUUACCACAGCGCGCAAGCUGCGUGGCAUGGAGUUUCCGGAAACCUCAUACCGAAUCAAACCGGAGGGCGAAGAGAUUCUUACACAAUGGGCCCGACGGUGGGAUGUUGACGAGGACAACUGCUUUUCUGAACUGCAUGCUUCCUUGGAGGCCUACAACCUAUGGAUGAAACGAAAGGAGCCCAAAUUCCAGACUCUUCAAUUCCUUGACCUUCCACAAGAAAUCUUCGAGGAAAUAUUCGAUAGGUGUGAGAGAAAGACGCUGUUAGCUUUGUCUCGAACCUGCAAAGCUUUGAAAGGGGCUCGCAUUCAUAGCUUGAAGAGCUAUUCAUUGAAGUUCAGUGAUUGGGAGGAAGCAUAUACCCUAGAGCUCGAUUACGACUCUGAUUUGCUUCCACAAAUCCUUCCAUACCUCCAGAAAUGCCGCCACCGCUUCAUCGACCGGCUCGAAGAUUUCCUAUCCCGCCACGAUCAAUGCCAAUUGGUGAAGUCUUUGCGCUUCAACUUUAAUUGGACGUUUCCUGGCGAUCCCCAUGACGCCAACGAUCUUCAUCCCCUCGUGGAAGAGCCCAUCUUCCACCGCCUCUUUCUCCAAACCUCCCAGCUCUUGUCGCCUGCUCGCCUCCCCAAUAUAUCCUCUCUCAACCUAUCCUCCGCUCGAUUGGACGGAGAAUUUCUGGCUGCUAUCUGCUCUUUCGAGAACCUUCGGACGUUAACGCUGAUCGGCGGCUUCGUCCCUCCCGGCGAAACCAGGGACACGUUAUGGAGUGGAACCCCGCCUUUCAAAUCAAUGGUCACCAAUCUCCACCUAGGAUUUACAAAACUGGGGAUUGACCCUGAGAGCUUGUGGCUCGUCCUUUGUUGCUGUCCCAACGUCCGCAAUUUAUCCCUCGAAUACUUCUGGACACAUGACGAACUUCAAUUCCCCGACCAAGCCUUACACUCCAAGUUCCGAUGCAUUGAAGUUUUGGAACGCCUGGCAAUCAGAAGACUGGACCCCGACACCGUCCCCGCGCUGGCGGCGUGGUUAUCCGAGCGCCCAAGUCGCACCGCAGACGGUGCACCAUCAGGACUCACGCACUUCAAGAUUUCCAACGAAUACCUUAUCCCCCAAGAAUGCAUGGUCCCUCUCGUACCCUCCCUACGCUCUAACCACAUGCAGGCGAUCACGCUGAGCGGGCUAGAGUUCCAGAUGGCACAGCCUCGUUUAAUCGAGGACAUCGCGGAACUUUGUCCUAACCUAAUAUCGCUCAGGCUCAUUGCAAGAACCAACAUCCUCCAACGACGAACGCGUGCUAUCAUCUGGCCUCAACCAUCCUGGGCAUAUGCCCCCGCGCUUGCAGGUUUCCGUUCGCUGAAGCAUUUUGGGUGGAAUUUCGACUUUAUCCAGUUCGAUGCGACGCCUUAUCCGUUGGUGGAGUUUGAACGUACUGAAUUGGGAGAAGAGUGGGAACCGACUUGGGAGGAAGAGUGGUUCAAGGAUGCAGAGACGAGUGUUAUGCCCUUUGCUGCUCAUUGCCCCUCAUUGCGGACGCUCUCGUCUAAUGAUCCGCCCUUGAGUUACUACGAGAUUAUCCGUGGACGGGGCGAUGGGAAUCGAAAUGGGUUGAAGAAAUCGACUGUCAAGAAGAUUAACUCGCUGUACACUCGACCCGAUCUGACCUACGACAAUCCUGAUUUUUCAGGAUACCUUACCCAAUGGCCCGACCUAUGA